CCCCACCGGGAGAAGGGCGGUACCUCCCUUCGUUACGGCUUUGCCGUAAAGCGGGGUUGGCGGGGCUUACGGCGCGGCGUGAAGCGGGUUAAAAGCCCCAGUCAAACGCAACUAAAGAGGUCACUGAAAUGUGAAAAUGGCCAAUUUAAGAAGUGAAGUGAGAAAUCUAUACAAAAACCUGCUGUAUCUCGGAAGGGAGUAUCCCAAAGGAGCAGACUACUUCAGAAAGCGUUUGAAAGCAGCUUUUCUAAAAAAUAAAGAUGAGAAAGAUCCGGAGAAGAUCAAGCAGAUGAUUGCACGAGGAGAAUUUGUUAUAAAAGAGCUGGAAGCUUUGUACUUCCUCAGAAAAUACAGAGCUCUGAAACAGCGCUACUACAGUGACGACAAUCAGUAACUGGUGCUAAUGACUUCCAUGUAAUGAUACAGAGCCUUAAAAAAUGAACAAUAAAAGCUGUAACCUAAAACCAAAUGAAACGUUAAUCCUUCUGACCCAUCUGAAAUACAGAUUAGGCCUUUGCUUCCCUUUAAGUAGUGCCUUCAAGGAUUUUCAACUACAUCUGCCCCCUCUGUAAGGGUCAUGCUGGCAGAGGCACUUGCCCACCGUGCUGGGCAGAAGACUGCGGAGUCAGAAAGGGGGGGUGAAUUUGGACAGGAGUGGUUUAAGCACUUUGACCCUGAAGACAGUUCCUGCUACUACUGAUUUCUGACACUGCGUAACUGCUGUAGCAGCAAUACAGAACUUUAUGCUUUCCCCCCGGAACAGAAGUUUGACUGUGGAUGUUUGCUCCACAGCUAAUGUCAUUGACUAGCUCAACUAGCACAAACCUGUGCCAGAACUAUGUGUCUACUAGGAUUGGAUGGUGUUUCUACCCCCACCAAGAACUACGCGACACUGGAAAGAGAACAGAAGAUCUUUGGAAUAUAGGUAAGUCAUCACUGCAUCACAGUAAAACUGUUGGCAAUAGCAAGUCUUCACAUGUAUGAACUCUAGAACAGAAUGAAGAAAAACGCUGGGCAGUUAGCAUACUACCUUCUGAGGAAGUGUGCUGUUUGUAGCACCACAUUGAUGUGAAGAGCAGCCCUUCCACAUCAGCUGAAUUCUACAGUAUGUUGCAGUUAAAACCUGUUCUGAAUGAAUACCUCCAUGUAAAAAAUUUAACCUACCCCUCUCAGUAACUGAUAGAAGAUGAUCCACAUAACAAAGGGCCAAAUCGUAACUUUAUGAAGCAGGAGCAGUUUCAGGCUUUUUUCCCCACCUAGGACACGACCGGUACUAAAAUAUGUUGUUCAUGUUUUAUGUAAGUUUAUGGAAGGCAUCUGAUAGAAGAAAACAAACGUGCACCUGCGAAUAAACACAGAAUAGCUAUUGAGAGUAUUUACAACUUGUAGACUAACUGAAGUCUGCUGUUAGACUAAUGAAAUAAGGGCUCUGGGGCAUGGCUGUAGAUGGUACAGCCCGAGAAGCACACAGCAGUGAGAGGUGCAUCCUCACCCAAAGCAAGGCUCUGCUCCUUGCAGAGCACAGAAUGCAGCAGCAGCAGCAUGCAUCAGAGGAGAUGGACUGCCACAAUAAAGCACUUCAUGGCAGGCAAUGGGAAGGAUGAGAAGUAAACAGAACUGAACUGCCAAACACGUGCAGUACAGAGGGUACUCCAUUCCUAAGGUAUGGAACUAAAGUUCUUGGAGAGAAAAAGGAAACUGGGGCAGAAAUUCACAAUAACUAUUUUUUAUUACAUUACAAUAAAUAGGAGCAGUACAGUUUGACAAAAAAA